UUAAACUGUUUGCCCUGAUAUGACGAAUUCAUUCUGCGACAUCUCACUGAACGAAGUAAUGCCGUUUAUAUGAAGUUAGCCAGCAAGCUAACUCGUUUUCUGUUAUAUUGUAUGCAGCGCGUCCAGCUAGAGUGUUUCAUCGUCUCAAAUUUGUCCCCGCCGCAGGAUGAUUGACACCGAGAGGGGAGCUGAUGAUGCUGGUACCGCAGAAACCAGCAGUAAGAGCAAGGAGACGGAAAAGAAGAAGAGGUCCCGUGUCAAACAGCUGCUGGGUGAUGUGAAGAAGCAAGUGGAGUUCUGGUUCGGAGACGUCAACCUUCACAAGGACCGCUUUCUCAAAAAACGCAUUGAUGAGUCAGAGGACGGAUAUGUUGAUAUAUCUGUGUUGGCGAGCUUCAAUCGAAUGAAGAGGCUGACAAGUGACACCAAGCUGAUUGCGAGAGCGCUGAAAAAUUCAUCUGUAGUUGAGGUUAACCUCGAGGGAAAUAAAGUAAGGCGUCAGCUUCCGAUUGGAGACGUACCAAAUGAUGUCGACAGCCGCACAGUCUAUGUGGAACUUUUGCCCAAGGAUGUGAAGCACAGCUGGAUAGAGAAAGUGUUCACGAAAUGCGGGAAUGUGGUUUAUGUUAGCGUCCCCAGAUACAAGUCUAGUGGCGACACCAAGGGUUUUGCCUUUGUAGAGUUUGAGACGGAGAAACAAGCACAGAAAGCCAUAGAGAUGCUCAACAACCCCCCUGAAGAUGCUCCCAGGAAGCCAGGGCUUUUCCCCAAGACGAAAAGUAGGAAGCCCAUCCCUCUGCCAGCUGACAAUCCACCAUCAGGUGAAGAAGAGGAGAAGAGAAAGCGGAAGAAGAAGAAAAAGAAAGAAGGUGCCACAGUACAGACUGCUGCUGAAGAAGCCAAAGAGCAGGCGAUGGAAGCAGAGCCGUCGGAGCAAAAGAGGAAGCGCUCAGCAGCGGGCGAUUUUGAAUCGGGGGUCGUCGGCGCCCAGAAGACACCGGACAAACUGUCAGAAAAGAAAAGACGACGGUCGCAAACGGCAGAGGGAUCUGAAGGUGAAAUACCAUCUAAGAUAAGGAAGACGAGUGAAAGUGAAGCUGGAGAGAAGAAAGAUGUAACAAAGACUAAUCCACCCGCUAAAAGUGACACAGACAGAGGGGUUGAGGAAGGGAAAGAAAACCGAGAUGAUUCAACAGUUAAAGCAAAGAGGAAGAGAAAAAAGAAACACAAGGAGAAACUGAAAAUCGGGGAAGAAGUCAUCCCACUCCGGGUUCUAUCAAAGAAAGAGUGGCUGGUGUUGAAGGAUGAGUAUCUGACCUUGCAGAAGUGCAGCAUGAAGUCCCUGAAGAAGUGCAUUAAUGAGAUCGAUCACAAGAAGCACAAGAGUCCAAUGGAGACAGACAAUGAGCCUCAAGAUGGAAACGUUGAGGAGAGUGACAAAAGUGAGAAAGCGUCUAACCAGGGCCCUCAGUUUACCAGUGGCGUCAUCAUGAAGAUUACAGACAGCAAGCCGCUACCAGGGAGGAAGUUCAUCAAGGAUGCUUUGUGCAAAAUAGCCCCAGUGGCGUACAUUGACACUUUGGAAGGAGACGCUGAGGGUCACAUCCGCUUUCACACCCCGGAGGACGCUAAAGCCAUUAGUGACGCUAGAGCAGAGCUGCAGAAAGAACACAGCUGGAAGCUCGAGAUCCUCGCAGGUGACCAUGAACAAAGGUACUGGCAGAAGAUUUUAGUGGACCGCCAAGUCAAGCUGAAUCGUCCAAGGGAGAAGAAGCGGGGUACAGAGAAGCUCAUAUCCAAAGCUGAAAAAAUCAUCCUCGCCCGGGCCAAGGAGGCUCAUAAGCACAUCCGUUUCCAAGAAGACUGACAGCUGCUGAAAGUAAUUUUUUUGACAACCAUACAUAUUU